UCGCACCAAACCAAGCUGUUUCUCUCCGUACUUCCAUCCUUUCUAAGAGCUGCCAGAGUCCCGCCUCAUUCCUCAACGUCGUGAUUGCUAUUUGGGAGCGAAAGAAAGCGACACGAAGCACGACUACUCGAUACCUUCGAGGUAGGCACGAAGAGCUGCUGCUGCCGUUGCCGGAGUGGCUCGCGAGGUUCUCGAGGCUACGACCGCACGAGAACGAAGUUUUCGAUCAAGGGCCAUCGACGCAAUUCCGGAUCAUCUGCCUCGGGGACGACGAUAGUGGACGAAGGCAAAUCCAGCUGCUAAGGAGAUAGUCGUAUUGCCGGUUAAGUCUCUAGCGUCCGAUUAAACGACGAGCAAGAGAAUGACGGCCCACGACCAGAUGCGAGCGAUGCUCGACCAGCUAAUGGGUACCGGACGAAACGGUGAGAAUAACAAAUUUCAAGUGAAAUACUCGGAUCCAAAGGUCUGCAAGAGUUUCCUGUUAGCAUGCUGCCCACACGAGAUUCUUUCAUCAACGCGCAUGGACUUGGGAGAAUGCCCCCAGAUACACGACUUGGCCCUGAGGGCUGACUUCGAGGCCGCGCAGAAGAAGAAGGACCACUUUUACGACAUCGACGCUAUGGAGCACCUGCAGAGUUUUAUAGCGGACUGCGAUCGGCGUACUGAGCAGGCGAAGCAGCGCCUCGCCGAGACUCAGGAAGAGCUGAGCGCCGAGGUCGCGGCCAAGGCCAAUAAUGUACACGUACUCGCCGAGGAGAUCGGCAAGAAGCUGGCCAAGGCGGAGCAGCUCGGCGAGGAGGGCUUCGUUGAAGAGUCGAUGAAACUCAUGGGUGAGAUCGACGAACUGCGCAAGAAGAAGAAUGAGGCUGAGCAGGAGUACCGUAAUAGCAUGCCCGCCUCCUCUUAUCAACAGCAGAAGCUACGUGUCUGCGAGGUUUGCAGCGCCUAUCUCGGUAUACACGACAAUGACAGGCGAUUGGCCGACCAUUUUGGUGGCAAACUGCAUCUUGGCUUCAUUAAGAUACGCGAAAAGCUGUCGGAGCUCGAGAAGACGAUGGGAGAGCGUAGGAAGGAGAAGCGGGACUCGAUGAUCGACAGGGCAGGCAGCAGACAUCGAAGCAGGAGCAGAGACAGAAGCAGGGACAGAGACAGAGAAAGGGACAGAGAUAGGGACAGGGACAGGAGCUACAGGGAUAGAGUCAGAGAAAGAGACAGGGAGAGGGAGAGGGAAAGAAGGGACAGAGACAGGAGACGCUCAAGGUCAAGGAGUCGCAGUCGUGGAAAGAGAUCACGGCGUUCACGAAGCGACAGCCGAGGACGAAGAUCUCGCUCACGUCGUAGUGGAUCCAAUGAACGCAAGAGAUAAAGAAUUUAAUCUAUAAUUUCGAUGGACAAAAAGGAAUACCAAGCAAAACUUCUGAAUAAUAACUUCAUCCAGGCGAAAGAUCAGAUCAAAGAGAACACAUUUUUAUUUGUAAAAGUUUCAUGUUCCAUUGUGUCCGUUUAUGUGUUGAUAUAAUAUGUCAUUCUUGAAAUAUAAAAAUCGACAAGGAUGCUCAGAGGAAUUCAGGAAUUUUUCUUUCAGCUUUUGAUUACAACACCCUCACACAAAUACAAACACGUAUGUAAGUCCUAUAUAAUGUCUAAUAUUAGUUGAAGAAUAUCUUUUUUAUUAUUAAUAAUUAAAACUAAAAUGUUCACAUGUACAUAAGAACGUAGUUGAGUUUUCUCUAUUUGAAAAUGUUCUUACAUAUUUAUAAAUGAUUACUUUUAAAAAUAA